AUGAUUCUAAAAGUCUAUACAAGCCUUUUGCUCUUAUUCUUGGUCAAUUCCGUGUGGACUCGAACUGUGAGACAAGUUUAUGAUGAUCUGGAUCCUGACCAUUGGUCUCACUAUACUUCUGAGUGUCCACAGGAGUGCUUUUGUCCUCCUAGUUUCCCCAACGCAUUAUACUGUGAUAACAAAGGACUUAAAGAAAUACCUCCAAUUCCAGCAAGAAUCUGGUACCUCUAUCUUCAAAACAAUCAAAUUGAAACCAUUUCAGAGAAGCCUUUUGUGAAUGCCACUCAUCUGAGAUGGAUAAAUCUUAACAAAAAUAAGAUCACCAACAGUGGAAUUGAGAGUGGUGUGCUGAGCAAGCUGAAAAGACUGCUUUAUUUAUUCCUUGAAGAGAACGAAUUGGAAGAGGUGCCUGCCCCAUUACCAGUGGGUCUGGAACAGCUAAGACUAGCUAGAAACAAAAUCUCCAGAAUCCCAGAAGGAGUCUUUAGCCACUUGGAAAACCUUACUAUGUUAGACCUGCACCAGAACAGUUUGUUGGACAGCGCUCUUCAAAGUGACACCUUCCAAGGACUCAACAACCUUAUGCAACUCAACAUAGCAAAAAAUUCACUCAAGAAAAUGCCUUUAAGCAUUCCAGCUAAUACACUCCAGCUCUUUUUGGACAACAACUCCAUUGAAGUUAUACCAGAAAACUACUUCAGUGCAAUACCCAAAGUGACUUUCCUUAGGCUGAACUACAAUAAAUUAUCUGAUGAUGGUAUCCCUCCAAAUGGGUUUAACGUUUCAUCUAUUCUAGACCUACAGCUGUCUCAUAAUCAGCUCACUAAAGUUCCACCAAUCAAUGCUCACCUUGAGCACCUUCAUCUUGAUCACAACAAAAUCAAAAGUGUCAAUGGUACUCAGAUAUGCCCAGUUUCCAUUGCCCUAGAAGAAGAUUAUGGUUAUUAUGGCAACAUCCCUCGCCUCCGAUACCUUCGUCUGGAUGGAAAUGAAAUUCAACCUCCAAUCCCAUUGGACAUCAUGAUUUGUUUCCGACUACUUCAAGCUGUUGUCAUAUAA